CUCUUAUCGCCUGCCUACAAACCUGUGUAGAAUAAAAUGGACUCAGUGAAACGUUUCUAUAUUUUGUCAUAAAAGCAGCCAAGUACACAUAUGAGGAACUGUUCUAAUUGUAUUAUCCAGUUACAUUCACUAAGUUUCCAUUUGGCUCCAAGAGCAGUGACUUCCAGCAGGGAGAAUGUGACCUGUGUGGACUGAAGACAGACAAACAAACAUAUACACAGAUACGCAGCUGAAUAGACAGUUUGAUCUAGCCUGGGACCAGAUCACGUUUGAURAAAAAGAAAGGUGCAAGUUUGCACUGGCUGAAUUUUUUUUCAAACAAAUUCCACAAUGGCGUCCUCUAAUGGACUUACAUUUUGGUAAUUUAGCAGAGCGACCUACAGGAGCAAUUCAAAUGCCAUGUCAUUCUACAAACAAAAGAUUAGGUCUAUAUUAUAGCCUAGAAGUWGACCAUAACUGGAAAAUAAUUGUGAACGAUCAUGCAGCAGCCCAUAUGAUUCAGCAAAAUGACAUUACGUCUAUUUGGUACUAGAUGUAUUUCUCCUCCCUUCUAUGCAAAAAGUAAAAGUGAAGAUAGGCCUAUUGCUUAUAAUCUUCCAGAAUUAUGUAAUUGUACACAUUUCCUUCAUAACACUUUUUCACUGCAACUAUCCGGUGUAUGUGACAAUAAAACUAAAACAAAUAAAAUAAAUAAUCGCUGCCUGUUUGAACAAUCCCCGCCCAGUCUAAUAACACUUCCUCCACACGAUCGUGACAAAGCCAAAGUGAAAGAAGCGGAGAUCAUUUCACAUGUUGACGAUUACAACUAUUCUUGAAGUAAUGUCGACCUCAGCUAACUUGCCAGAAGCCGAACAUUCCGGACUGUUGAAGUUUCUCUCUGCUGCGUUUUACGCCGUCAGUUCAUUCUUGAUCAUUGUUGUUAACAAAACYAUUCUCACAAACUACAGAUUUCCCUCGUACAUGUUUCUAGGAAUUGGACAGAUGGCCACUACAAUCAUCAUUCUCUAUGCUGCGAAAAUUAACCAAACAGUUCACUUUCAAGACUUUGACAGAAGCAUUUUCAUCAAAAUCUUCCCUCUACCUCUGCUGUAUGUUGGAAACCACAUAACAGGACUGGCGGGUACAAAGAAGUUAAGUUUACCCAUGUUCACAGUCUUAAGGAAGUUCACCAUAUUGAUGACAAUGAUCAUGGAAGCAAGGAUAUUGAAAAAAAAAAUCCCUAAUCGUCUGAUCUACAGUGUUUUGGCCAUCGUUUUUGGAGCAUUGGUGGCUGCAAGCUCUGACUUGGCCUUUGAUGCCGAGGGCUACACAUUCAUUCUGCUUAAUGAUGUCUUCACUGCUGCCAGUGGUGUGUACACCAAGAAGAAACUGGGAACUGAGGGUCUUGGAAAAUAUGGGAUCUUAUUUUACAAUGCAUUCAUCAUUUUCCUUCCAACUCUUUUGGCGAGUGCAUUCACUGGGGAUUUACACAAGGCCAUUACAUAUGAACACUGGUUGAACACCCCCUUUGUUUCUUGCUUCCUUAUGUCUUGCAUCAUGGGGUUUGUGCUGAUGUAUUCAAUAGUGCUGUGUAGCCACUACAACUCAGCACUCACCACCACAGUGGUGGGAGCAAUUAAGAAUGUUGCGGUGGCCUACAUCGGUAUGUUUUUAGGUGGAGAUUACCUGUUUUCAUGGACAAACUUCCUGGGCUUGAAUAUUUGUAUAUCAGGGGGACUUGUGUAUUCCUACCUGACGUUCCACAGCAGCAGCAAACCAUCCCAAUGCAAUGGAAGCAGAAUCCAGAAAAACCAGGAUCAGCUGAAGAUUCCCAWUAUGGAAGAUUCCACAGACCGACUCCUUGUAAAAUAAGUUAUCUUUAUUUAACCUUUUAUUUUAUCAGGGAGUCCCAUUGGGACCAAGGCCUCUUUUUCAAGGGAGCUCUGUGUGAACACAAUUUCUAAGUGAAUACGCCUGCGAUACAACUGGUCAUGAUGCCAUAGUUUAUUUMUCUGUACUGUCAGCACUCCCCUUUGUAACUGAUCCAUAUUGGAGCAGACGUUCUUACWUUUUGUAUGUUUUAAUGUAUCUUUAUGAAAAAUGAUGAUCAUACUUUUGACAAUGUUUAUUAUUUGUGUUGCAAGUUCAAAUCUGUAAUUUUAAUUGUGUUGUCAAGACAAGUGUUGUUAUACUAUAUAUACAGUGGGG